AUGACCAGUGUAAGAACUUCACAAAUAGUUGUUAACGCUUUAAUAACUAUUCUAGAAAUCACGCUUAUAGCCUUGUUACAUCGAACAGAUUAUAAGUUAAGUGGCAAUGAAUUGGGAGUAGGUUUGACGCAUGUAUUUAGAUUUAGUAUCAGUAUUUUAUCUUUUAUAUCUAUAGGUGUUUCAUUUAGACGUUUCAGUCAUCGAUGGAAUAUUGGACAAAUCCAAAAAGAUAUUUAUGUAGAUAGAUCUAUGAGUGAUAGUAGUAAUAGAAGUAUCACAGGUGCAAUAGGAGCAGGAGUUGGAGGUGGAAGUGGAUUGGGUAAUAAUGGGAUAUUGGCAAUUGUUAUGCAAGAAGGAGUUUUGGAAAAUGGUCAACCUGUUCUAUUCUUUCAUCAAAAUAAUUUACAUAUGUUUAGUCAAAAAAAUAUUUCUAGUGCUUCUUUAAGGAAACAAGAUUUAAAAAAACGUUUAGAAGAAUACAAUAAUAAGAUAUUACAAGAUUCAGUUGAUCAACCAAUAUCAAAUACUAACGCUCCACUUUCUUUACCACCUGCCUCAGAAUUUCGCACUUCACUCAUCUUACCACAACUAACCAAAAGUAAUGUAACUAAUGCCUUUUCUAAUAUUGUUGAUAGUAAUUACGAUGAAUCAGGAAAACUUUCAUAUAAUUAUAAUGGAUCUAUUAAUAAUUUUUCACCAUCAACUUCUCCAAAUUACACACCAACACUUUCAACAACAAAUAAAAAUAUAGAUGAUGAUGAUUCGGGUUUGAAUGAAAUUAGACAAAUUGAUUUUAAAUCGAAAAACCGCGAAUCCGGUUUAUUAGAAAACCCGGCAAAGGAUCGUCCAAAACCUCCAAGAAAUAGACCUCUUUCUAUAACUAAGAUAUCUGGUAAUAAGUGGAAUGAUAAUUCAUCAACCACAAUAUCAAAUAAUAAUCAUUUGGCUUUUACAUCAUUACAACCACCGCCUUCAUCUUCUACUACAGUAUCCACACCCACCGCACCCACUGCUUUUCUUCCACUUUCAUCUCUUGCUCCCCCUUCCAACAAUGGUACUAAUAACGAUGGAAAUGCAACCAAAGUUCCACCGUCACCAUUACCACAUAAUUUGUCAUCACCUUUGAUACGUUCUCCAUUGGAAAAAUUAUCUGAAGAUCAAAUCAUUAACGAAAACCAAGAAGUUAAUAAUAAUAAUUACGUUGUUGAUGGAGGUGAUUCUUCUUCUCCGACUGAUCCGAUGAUAGCAUCAUUUGCCAACAUCAACGACAACAACAAUGACGGUAGAACAUAUACUAUGUACUCCAAUAAUAACACAAUUAGAUCAAGCACCAUGGAUUCAAAUACUAUCGUAAUGAAUUCUUCAGAUUCUAGUACACUUAGAUCAAACACACUAGAUUCCAAUGUUAAAAUGUCAAUGAUGUACGACAAUUUCAAAAUAGUCGAAGAUGAUGAGUAUCAAUACAAUAAUCAUCUACAACAAAAAAUGCCAACCACUUCUCAAUUCAACGGCUUUGAUAAUAUCAAUUCUUUUGGUCCUGCUUCAGGCCAUUCAGAUAUUGCUCAUCAAUUGUUAAUAAAAAGAGCAGCUGAGCAGCUAUCUCAACAAGAAUUUUUAUCACAACAAAAUCAAUUACACCAACAAUACAACCAACAAAAUCACCUUUUCUCAUCUACAACAUUAUCAAUGACGACUUCAAAAUCAAUUCCAAUACGUAAAUGGCCAUCGAAAAAAACCAAUUCAAUAAAAAGUAUAUCCGAGCCUCAACUUGUUUCCACCUCAUCAAACGUAAAAACCGUUCCUAUAGUACAAUUAGAUCAACACGAUGAUGAUGAAAAUAAUAGGUCUCAUGUUUUCACGAGCGAUAGCAAAUCUUCAAAUAAUAAUCUAUCACCUAAAUCGUCAGCUGAGAAUUUGCCUAAAAAAUUCAUUUCAGACGAAAAUCUAAAUAAUCGAUUUGUAUCAUAUAAUAAUGAUAUAUCUAAAAGAAGAGCCUACAGUACAAGGGAAAACAAUAAACCAAAUGAAAAAUUAAGACAAGAUAUACGAAAUAAAUUGACGUUUAUCAAAGUCGAUGAUGUUGGUGAUAAUUCAUCAGGUCGUCAACCAUUUUAUGAUAUUGACAGUCUUAAAAAACAUGCUGAAAUGGUAACAAGAUAUUCCAAUAACAAAAAAGGUAUUAGCGGUGUUGUCAAUGGACUGAGAUCACGUUCUGCAUCACAAUCUUCACAAUCUGCCGUUUCCGGUAGAGAUUCAUCAUCAUCCACAGAGAAAAAAUCUUUAAAAGAUCUUACUACUGGUUCAGAUAGUAUGCCAAGUAGUCCAGUAUCAUCUUAUAGUCCAGCUAGUACAAUGUCCUCAUUUAGCGACGUCACAUCAGCAGCAUCUUCUCCACCACUAAUUACACCACGUAAUCCACUAAGAAACCCCGCAUCUUUCAAACAACAAAACAAACUAGAUCAAAAAUUGAAUGCAAUCAGUGGUGGCUCAAUUGUUGACUCGCCGAAACGUAAUAAUUCUGCUGGUAGUAGUAAGAGUGGUAUCAGUAGUGAUAAUUAUUCGGAUGUUAGUGAUGACAAAGGAGAAACAAAAGACUCCCGAAGUGCUAGAUUAUUAUCUAUUUUUAAUAAUAGUCGUAAUAGUAGUGGUAAUGGUGUUGGUGGAAAAACAAAUAGUAAUGAUAACUUAUUAAAGAUUUCAUUACAAAAAUCAAAUAAAGAUUCAAAAUCAGAUGGUGAUAAUGGUGAUAUUAAUGGAGAAAGUCAAGAUAAUAAAAAUGAUAGCAAAUUGCGAAAUAAAGUUAUUCGUCGAACCAUCAUCAUCACCAAACCUUUUCUUCCCCCAUUACCCGAAGGCGAUGAUACAAUUGCUUCUUCAACAAAAGAUAACGAUAAAUCGCCUAUUAUGAGUGAAGAUGGUUCUAAUCUUUUGGUUGUUCCAACAUUAAAACCUGCCGCUAAUCGUCCUCCCACACCAAUACCAUCACCAAAUACAAGAGAUAAUGUUAUCAAUACACCUUACAAUAUUCCAAUACCUCCAAUUCCAACAGACAAGCAAACUCAAAUUAAUACUAGCACCAGCACUGGAUCAAAACGUAUGAGUAAGUCUAGUAUUGCAUCAUCGAAUUCAGGUCGUACGAGGAAAACCAAAAGUGUUUACAGUGAUAACUCCAAUAGUAUGAGAAACGAGCAAAAACAAACUAUUAGUGAUAAUAACAGUGCAAUUAUAAUAUUUAAUGAAGAUGAUGAAGCAGUUGACGAUGAAGAAGUAAACGGAACAGAAGCAGUAGAUGAUUUUGAGCAACAUUCACAUGUUGAAGUACUUGAAAUGGAAGACGGAUCAUAUGUUUGGCAAGUAAUAAACGGUCUUAGAAGUAAUGGCAUGGAAGAUCACCACGGCUAUUAUUAUUCUGGUGAUGAGUAUGUAUCAAGUUCAGAAGUACGGCCUCAAGAUUUCGACUAUAAGAUGGAUGAUGAUCAAGUGUCACAAUUUUCUGAUAUAAAAAAUGGUCAAUUGGAAUAUCACUAUGGUUUUCCAAGUCCUUUACAUUUACCUGGUGUACAACCACGUCAAAAACAACAACUUCUAACGCCAGAAAAUCCAAAAAAAAUAAUUAUCAAUAACCGUGAUAAUUUCGAUGAUGAUUUCGGUGAUAAUUUUGACGAUAAUCUUGAUGAUGUUAAUAUGCCAAAAACAAACGUUUACUUUGCUAAAGAUGUCACAUUGCCAAAGUUAUUAGAAGAGAUGACAAGAGGUUUAGGCAGUGUUAUUGAUUAUAAUCGAGAUGAUAUGUACAGUGGUGAAUUUGUUACAGGUGAUGUCACUGGAGGAGUUAUUGGCGGCAUGACUGUUGAAGAAAAAUUGGAACAAGUCAUGAGAUCUUUGGGUGUUGAUGAUAAUCUGUAG